AUGCCUCCAAUGCCUGAUUGUCCUGAUCCUAUUGUUGAACCCGGACCAUUUCACAGUUUAGGUCCAAAUGAUGAUAUGUUUGUUCGCCAAAUGUAUGAUAACAAACAACAACUAAUAUUUUCUUUGAGUCUUAAGCAACCAGAGAAAAGUUUCAGUUUAAGACCAAACAUUCUAACAAAAAUCAUUAUGAGAUUUAGUUCUACUAAGCCGCAAGUCGCAGCGUAUCUAAGUGAAAUUCCACGUGCUAAAUGGACUAGAGCAUAUUCCCCGUCGAAACGAUACGAUUACAUGACCUCGAACAGUGCAGAAUUCUUGAGUUCUUCCGUCGUCUUUCACAGGAAUGGUGUAACAAGCAUCGCAUCGAUAGAGCGGGAAAAGAAAAGCCAAAAAAUUAGAAAAGCCCGCUACCCUCCCUGCCCUAAGCAUUUUCACGCAUCUUUCAUUCUCCUCACACUGUUGUGCAACUUCUCAAUCAAAGAUCGAAGGUUACGAUUUCAUCUCCAUCUCUCGACUUCAUCAUCUCAAUCAAGAAAAAGGGCUUCUGAGACUCGCUCAAUCGCUAAAAGCCUGGGAUUUGCUAGCUUCUCUCUCAUCACCACCACACUUCUCCUUCUCGCCACCAUUACCGCCGACCAAACUCCAACUCCAACACCACCGUCACCGCUACCAGCGUCCGAUUCCUGCAACGGCGUCUACUUAUCCUACACUUACACAUCCGGAUCCAAGCUCCCACCAAACGGAACAUCAAAUCAACCCUACCGCUUCGAAUCAACCCUCAGAGUCCUCAAUAACGCCGACGAAGAGCUUAAAUCAUGGAGGGUGUUUGUGGGUUUUCAGCAUGAUGAGUACUUGGUAUCUGCUUCUAAUGCUGUAAUUGCUGAUGGGUCUGCUACUUUUCCGGGUCCGGUUGGAAACAACACCGUUUUUGCUGGAUUUCCAAGUGCUGAUCUCAAGACUGCUAUUGAAACUGCUGGAGAUGUGAAUCAGAUGUCGGUUGAGGUCGAUUUUGUGGGUACGCAGUUCGGAGUCGACUCGCCCGCUGUUCCUAUGCCUUCAAAUAUUUCUCUAGUGAAUGAUGGCUUUGUUUGCCCUAGACCUUCUAUGCAAGAUGUUUCUCCACUUGCUGGCAUGGAUGGUUUGUUGGGUGUCUCUGCUUAUGAUGCUGACAAGAACUGCACGUGCCUCUUCGUAUCAUCAAAAGCAACCCCUUAUCAAUCUAUUCCAACAAUGGUUGGCUCAAUGAUUUCCAUUAGGAUCAAGAACAGGAAAUUCUACCAAAAUCAGUAUGCCUUCUGCAACCAGCUUUUAACAGCCCCGGCUACUCCUCUCUUCCCUUCACUGGAAUCUGAAUCACAUAAAAUAUUCAUGAAUCAGAAUGGAGAUUCUAAAGAUCAUCAUCCAAAUGCACCAAAAUUUAGAGUAAGAACCACUAUUAAUGAAGCUUUUAGGUGUUGGUGUCAAGCUUGUUGGCAAUACAGUGUGGAGUACCCUCUUUCAUCAAUUCUUAAUAGUGAUGUCACUAAUAAUCCUUCUGAGGGGGUGUUUGUUGGGCUGCUUCUUUCAAUGUCAUUAACAACAGUGGUUUUGAAGUUUUUGAUGGAAAAGAAUAGUGUUAAUGCUCUUCAUAGAAAAGUAUGUUGUACGUAUGAGGAGUCGGUUUACCCACUUCCAAAAUCGUGUGAUUGGGAGAUUUCUGCUGAGAUGAUGGUUGUUAAACCCCCAAUAAUGGAUACACGUCAAGCUGGUAGACCGAGAAACAGAAAUCAUAUCCCGUCACAAGGUGAGGAACCUAUAGUAAGAAGGUAUCGUAGAUGUGAUAGUACAACACAUAAUGCAAUGACUUGUCCGACAUUGGUCCCAAUGAAUCAAAAAAGGCUAGAAAAAAAUAGUGCGACAUCAGGUAGUAACACAAAAGGGAAAGGGAAAGGGACACAAGGGACUCAGGAGACGCUAGAGACGCACGGGACAUAA